CCAGGAGCGCGUGCAUGUGUCAACCAGCAGCAAUGUGUAGCACGUAAAUGCUAUGGUUAACCCUCGUCGGUUACUCUGCAGGUAGCGGAAGAAUUUUCGUUCACAGUUUUGUCGUGGUACUUAUGUUCUUCCGAGUCUCUGGACGGUCACAACCACUCCGGUUUUCUACCGCGCCACUCAUUUUUUAUAUAUUCCACAAUAUUCUUGUCAAGGGACUUCCGAUCACGAACCUCGCCGUCCAUUCUAAACAACCUCGUUUAUCAUCCGUGAGCUCUCAACCAUCCCAAAUUGACGUAUAGUCAGACUGGUUAUGAGGCUAUAUUGCGACGAGCACGGCA